CGCCAUUUUGUCGUCUGGCGUGUUAUUGAAAGAGUUGCUGUACUGUAGCUCAUAACGGUGCGCUUGUUAAUCUGGCAAUGGACGGCAUUGUGACUGAUGUUGCAGUUGGUGUAAAGAGAGGAUCGGAUGAGCUAUUGUCUAGCAGUCUAUACAACAGCCCUAAUUCUAGCAUGAGUGGUAUGGUGGUUACUGCUAAUGGCAAUGAUAACAAGAAACUAAGAGUAGAAGACAGGAUGGAUUGUGCACCCUCUCGUGUCCUUCACAUCAGGAAGAUGCCCAAUGAAGUUUCAGAGACGGAAGUUAUUGCCCUAGGCUUACCUUUUGGGAAGGUCACCAAUAUUCUAAUGCUAAAAGGAAAGAAUCAGGCAUUCUUAGAGCUUGGAAGUGAAGAAGCAGCUAUUACCAUGGUUAAUUAUUACACUGCUGUGACGCCUCAUGUUCGUAAUGUGCCUGUGUUCAUCCAAUAUUCGAAUCACAAAGAACUAAAGACUGACAGUGCCCUCAAUCAGCGUGCACAGGCUGUCCUUCAAGCUGUGACUGCUGUUCAGUCAGCAAGUACGCCCAUAUCUGGGACAGCAGUUAGUGAGUGUGCAUUGACACCAGCACAGAGCCCAGUGCUGAGAAUCAUUAUUGACAACAUGUUCUACCCUGUUACACUAGAUGUCCUUCAGCAGAUCUUUUCCAAGUUUGGAACUGUCAUGAAGAUCAUAACAUUCACAAAGAACAACCAGUUUCAAGCUUUGCUGCAGUUCAGUGACCCAGUGAAUGCCCAGCAAGCCAAGCUGGCCCUGGAUGGUCAGAACAUUUACAAUGCUUGCUGCACGCUGCGUAUUGACUUUUCUAAACUGGUGAAUUUGAAUGUGAAGUACAACAACGACAAGAGUCGUGACUACACUCGCCCAGAGCUGCCAGCUGGGGAUGGGCAGCCAGCCAUGGACCCCUCUGUGAAGGAUUCGUCUCUGCUUGGUAAGAAUCAAGGUACUCCUUCUGGAAUGGUGUCGCCUUAUUCUAGUGGAGGAGCAUUUUCUUCUUCACUCGGUUUUGGACAGACUGGAGGAGCUCUCAGUCCUUUGAGUGCUGCAGCAGCAGCAGCGGCGGCCGCAGGUCGAGUGGCGCUGUCUGGAGUUUCUCAUUCCAACAGUGGCGUUCUCCUGGUCAGCAACCUUAAUGAGGAGAUGGUUACGCCCCAAAGUCUGUUUACCCUCUUCGGUGUUUAUGGGGAUGCUCAGCGCGUGAAGAUACUGUACAAUAAGAAAGACAGUGCACUCAUUCAAAUGGCAGAUGGGAAUCAAGCUCAGCUUGCAAUGAGUCAUCUGAAUGGUCAAAAGAUGUAUGGAAAGAUAAUACGAGUGACUUUGUCGAAACAUCAAACCGUACAGCUACCAAGGGAGGGACUUGAUGACCAAGGGUUGACAAAGGAUUUCACUAACUCGCCAUUACAUCGAUUCAAAAAGCCUGGUUCAAAGAACUUUCAGAAUAUAUUUCCACCUUCUGCAACUCUUCAUCUCUCAAAUAUCCCACAAACCAUAACAGAGGAAGAUCUUAGAACACUGUUUGAAAACUCCGGUGGCACUGUGAAAGCUUUCAAGUUUUUCCAAGAUCACAAAAUGGCACUUCUUCAGAUGUCUACUGUUGAGGAAGCAAUUCAAGCUUUGAUUGACCUUCACAAUUACAAUCUAGGAGACAAUCACCACCUGAGAGUUUCCUUCUCCAAAUCAACCAUUUGAGCAUGAUAACAGAAUGCUAUAAAAUCUGCUCAUGCUGUUUAGUGUGGCAAUACCUGUUGACUGUUUCAGGACACUGGGGACCAGAGUUUGACAUUUUAAGUUCAGUUAUCGGUCAUUCCUUUGGAGAAAAAGAGAGAGUGAGAGAAAAGGCAGCAGUAUUGGACUGAUCUUAAAUUUUUUCCCCAUUUAUUAUAAAUUCCAGAUUCUUAUUAUUUUUUUAUUUUAUUAUCAGAUUAGUUGACAAGAUACGUGCCUUACUUGACAAAAUAGUAUCAGCAUUGUAUUAGUAAUACAUUUAGACAAACUAUUAUAAAUCACAAUUUGGCACAUUGGUUCAGAUAGUGUAGGAAUGGAUUUCUUAAAAAAAAAAAAAAAAAAAAAAAAAAAAGUCCCUGUACAGAUUGUGAAGUUAUGUUCCUCAAAAGUGUAACCAUUAUUAACAGAACUGCUGUUUUUUUUUUUUUUUUUUUUUUUUGCCAAUCUUUCCAAGUAGUUAAUGUAUUGCUUCGCUAAACUACCAUAUUUUACAUUUCUGUUUUAGCUGUUGGCCUGCUUUAUCAGUACAACCAAAGAUAAAGCUUUAACUCCAGCUGAACAUUACUGAGAUCCUAACCUUUUUUUUUUUUUUUUUUUUUUUUUUUUUAUCAUGUUUGCACUACCACUGCUGAGAAAUGUGGUAUAAAUGUUGCUUAUGACUAAAAUAUACUUUUGUAGAUGUAUUUCAGCAUUGCUUAUGUGCAUUUAUAUGUUGCCAUCUUUUAGUUUGUACUUACAGUUAAAAACGACUGUUGACUUUUGAGCAUGUACUGACUGGUAUAGAUAGUUCUGGAGAAACUACUGUUGCAUGCAUUAUAAAAAGCUAACAGAAGUGAGCUGCAGUAGUUUUCUGAAGCUGACAACCUGGUGGGACCAAAGUUUAUGUGCCUUUAGUCUUAAUUUACCUUACAUUAUACUAUUCAGUUUUAAUAAACCUUUUGAAAUAUUUUGUAUUUCAAAAAUCAGGCUUUGUAACAAACAUGGCUCAGAAUAUACCAGCGUUAUGAUGAUCAGCUGUUAAAUGACCAAUUUGUAUGUUCCCCCACAUCUAUGUACUUAGUUUAAAAUAAAAUAAAAAAUACUGUGGUCUGUUGGGGGGUGGGGUUUAUGUAUAUUUUCUAUAUUAGUUAAGUUUUUACAUCUUUUAGAAAUGUAAAAUUCAGUAUAAUUUGAAAGUGGCACAAUUAAAAAAAAAUAAUUUUCUAACAAGUUGGAAGGUUUGAUGAUUGUGUUAAUUUCGCCUUGUGUACUCUGCUUACCUCUGUAGCAUGCUCAAUAAACACUUCUGUAGCUCUAUAUUCA